UACCUUCUUUCUCUUUGUUGCUUUACACCCAAUGGAGAUGAAUUGUUUCAACCAUAGAGUCUUCUUACUUACCCUAUUGCUACCCAUAGUUGUCAUCUUAGUGGAAGGCCAAGGCACUCGAGUUGGGUUCUACUCGACCUCAUGCCCUAAAGUCGAGUCCAUCGUAAGCUCAACGGUCCAAUCUCAUUUCAAGUCGGAUCCAACUAUUGCUCCGGGGUUGCUUCGCAUGCACUUCCAUGACUGCUUUGUACAAGGGUGUGAUGGUUCCAUACUGAUCGAUGGGCCUAAUGCCGAGAAAACUGCACCACCGAACCAAUUGUUGAGAGGAUACGAAGUUAUCGAUGAUGCCAAGACUCAACUUGAAUCUGUAUGUCCCGGAGUUGUUUCGUGUGCCGAUAUUCUAGCCCUUGCUGCUCGCGAUUCCGUAGUUCUGACCAGUGGAGCGAGUUGGGCAGUGCCUACUGGACGUCGAGACGGAACGGUUUCACAAUCAUCUGAUGCUAACAAUUUGCCGGGCUUCCGUGAUACCGUAAAUGUGCAAAAGCAAAAAUUUGCAGACAAGGGUCUCAACACUCAAGAUCUUGUCACCCUUGUUGGAGGACACACAAUCGGCACCGCUGCUUGCCAAUUCUUCAGCUACAGGCUUUACAACUUCACUUCAACUGGAGCUGAUCCUUCGAUAAAUCCCGCAUUUGUUUCCCAGCUUCAAGCACUUUGCCCUCAGAACGGUGACGGGUCACGGCGAAUCGGACUCGACAACGGCAGCGCCAACAAGUUCGACACUUCUUUCUUCGCUAAUUUAAGGGAUGGCAAAGGAAUACUUGAAUCCGAUCAAAGAUUAUGGACCGACAAUUCGACCAAGACGUUUGUGCAACGUUUCUUGGGCGUUAGAGGGUUGCUUGGAUUGACCUUCAACGUUGAAUUUGGUAAAUCCAUGGUGAAGAUGAGCAACAUUGGAGUGAAAACGGGAACUGCUGGUGAAAUCCGCAAAGUAUGUUCUAAAGUUAACUAAAAUGAACAUUGAAGAUUAAGAAUAAUGCUAUCUACACAAGUGGCUGAUCAAAGGGAAGUGCUUGAGUGUAUACAAGUUUAAGUCUUUGUUUAGAAAAAACACAAUCAUUUAGGACAAGAUUUGUCUUGUCUCUGGUUAAGUUGUCACUGUCUUAAUUAUAUAAUAUAUGAAUCGAGUGAAACAUUUUAAAGCA